CGUUACACAAUCGCAGCGGGUUUCACUUUGUAGGGUUUUGUUCUUAAGGCUGCUAUUGCCGUUCUGUUCUGAGCAUGUCACACACUGGAGCGACGCGCCUAAAGGCGAUACUUGGCCACCUGCACCACACGGAUUCUCAGAUCACAACCUUGCCGACUUCUGCACAAGUGGUUCCUUAUAGCAGCAAUUCUGUCAAGCUGAGAUACACCCUGAAUAAUGAUCAUCUCACUCUGGAGCAGAGGUUAUUUUAUGAAGAGAAUGGCUACCUUGUCAUCAAAAAUUUGGUUGCUGAUGAAGACAUUAAACGCUUCAGAGAUGAAUUUGAAACGAUAUGUCGACGUGAAGUUGUAGUUCCUGGAAUGGUGGUCAUGAAAGAUGUAGCCAUUGCCAGAUCAGAAUUUGUUCCAGAUCAGAAGGCUAUUACUAAAGUCCAGGACUUCCAGGGUGAUGAUGAGCUUUUUAGAUACUGCACUCUUCCCCAGAUCUUGGAAUAUGUUGAAUGCUUCACUGGUCCAAAUAUCAUGGCCAUGCACACAAUGUUGAUAAACAAACCUCCAGAUGCUGGUAAGAAAACAUCACGUCAUCCCAUGCAUCAAGACCUGCACUAUUUUCCCUUUAGACCUGCAGACAGAAUAGUUUGUGCUUGGACUGCUAUGGAAAGGAUAGACCGCAGUAAUGGUUGCCUGGUUGUACUUCCUGGGACACACAAAGGCACUUUAAAGCAGCAUGACUAUCCUGAGUGGGAGGGAGGUGUCAAUAAGAUGUAUCAUGGUGUCCGUGACUACGAUUCAAGCCAGCCCAGGGUUCACCUUAUCAUGGAGAAGGGCGACACUGUAUUCUUUCAUCCAGUGCUGAUUCAUGGCUCAGGAAUGAAUCAGACACAAGGGUUUAGAAAGGCAAUUUCCUGCCAUUAUGCAAGUGCUGACUGCUACUACAUUGAUGUGAAAGGCACUACCCAAGAAAAUAUUGAGGCUGAAAUCAGGGAGUUAGCAAAAAAGAGAUAUGGAACUGAUUCCUCUCUUACACUAAAGGAUGUAUGGGCUUUCCGAGGACGACUUGUGAAUGGAAGCAGAACAAACCUUUAAACUGAUUCUGGAUAACAAAAUGGAAUGCAUUUAUUAUUCUUUUUAAUUUGCCCAGAUUAUGUUUAAUGUAUGAGUCGUUGAUUCCUGAAAGUGUGUUUGCUAAAGUGCAGACACUGAAGAAUGACAUUUGUUAGGAUAAGAAUGAUGUCAAACACCUGAUCUUGCAAAGAAAAAAAAUAAAAAAUACCUGAUCUUGCACGGUAUAGCACUUAA